AUGCGGGAAUGUAAAUACCAAAUUGGAUCUGAUAAACGGAAAAUAUCACUUCGUUUUGUUGUGGAUUUGCUCGUCAAUAGAGUAGAUGAGCUAUUUCAGUUUAUCGUUGACGAAGGGCUCUCUCCUCCACCGAUGUUCAACGAAAAUGAUACAGCUUUGAAAAACGCAUUAGAGACGCUAGGCCUCGGCCAUAUAAAGAUGGCACUAGAAGCUAUCGAGACAAAAGAGAGACAUCCGUCAGAUUCCGACCAUCCUGGCAAUAUUCAAACUAAUUUAAUCGAUGAGGUCCCUAAUUAUGACGUGGACAUCGGAGAACUGGACCCUGACAUGAAUCUGUUGAUACAGCCUUUCAUAUCUAACAUUGAAAAUCAACCUGAUCUACAUCCAUCUGAUACAGCAUCUUCUCAUGGGGCUGCUUCUGAUGGUUCAUUCGAAUUACUGGAUAAUUCAUCGCCUGUCAAUCUAGUGAAAUGUUCAGAGACAGUCGCAAAAGAGCAAUUUCCCGGUAGUGGAAGCCCUAAUAACUGUGCUAACGCCAACGGUGUCCAAGUAGAUCGCGAGAAUCAGAUCUUUGGUGCAUCUUGGUCACGAAAGACUUCGAAACCCAGCAUGCGUAGCGACACAGUAUCCCCGCGUGCUGAUCAUACAUGUACAGAUUUUAACGACGGUAGCGAAAUGGAGGAUAUCGUUCACCGACUGUCAAACAGAAUGGGAAGUCUUCAGAUCGGCACCGAUGGCAACGUCCGGUACUAUGGACCGACAUCACACUUUAAUUUGCUGCGGAUGCCCACGCCGGAUAAUUUGACUGUGCAUCGUACUGUCAGAAAGGAUGGCCAGGAUAUUUUGAACCGUCUAAGCAUUGGGAAGCAUGUUCCGAAAGAGCUCGAGAACCACUUGCUCAACUUAUAUUUCACGUGGCAAAAUCCAGCGAUCGAUGUUGUUGACAGGGGGAUGUAUCAAAUGGCAAGGCAACAAUGGCAAGAUCAUAUGGAAGACACACCAUACUAUUCCGAGGCUCUCACAAAUGCCAUGUGCUGUCUCGGGGCAGCGUUUGAACCUCGCUAUCAUCCAGAAUUCAUCACAUACCCGAAGUCAGUAGCCGAUUUCUUUGCAGAUCGUGCAAAGGCGCUUCUGGAUAUAGAGCUCGAUUCUCCAUCUGUAGCUACCAUACAAGCUAUGGUUGUUCUCAGCGGUCAUGAUAUUGGAUGCAAACGGGAUUCACGAGGGUGGCUUUACAGUGGAAUGGCCAUGCGUCUCGCCUUUGAUCUUGGCUUGCAUAUUGACAUGUCAUCCCAUGUAGCUGAUGGAUCGUUCAGCCCAGCUGCCGCCGCGUUACGCCGCAUGGUCUUCUGGGGGGCCUAUAAUCUGGAUCAUCAUUGGGGCUUUCUUCUCGGUCGCCCUUCCCGAAUCAGCGUCGAAGAUGUCACAGUGGAGAUGCCUGGUCACGACCCGACUUGGGCACAGUCAGAAAGGUGGAAUCCCUACGGCCUGCCAUAUCCAGUUGAAAUUUUACAAAAUGUGACUAUUCCGAACCCUGUUACACUCAUCAGCCAAUACCGUGUCUGGCUUUGUCAUAUUAUGACACCGUUGGGCCAUGUGCUAUAUGGAAGUUCGAAGAUCUUGAAAGAGGAGCUUCAAGCCUUGAAUGAAGAAACAACCAGUAGACUUGUGCACUGGAUGACCAGUCUUCCGGCACCUCUACAGGUCAAAGCUGAUGAUUUACAAACACCUUAUCUUCCCCAUUUACUUUUACUCCAGUAUGUCUCCUCUCCAUGGCUAGGACUCCCCCCCCCCAAAGUACAAAUGUCUGAUUAA